GUGGGGGCCGGGAAAGCUGAGUGGGGAGUUUAGCCGCUCCCCGCCACAGCAGGAGGAGGAGCGGAGCGGAGUGAAGCAUUAACAGCGGAUUUUAAUCGGCUGAGAUUCAUAGUUAUUCCUCGCCGUUGCGAGGGUAUUUCUUGCCUCUCGUUCCCUCUCCCUGAAUUAAAUUUAGUGCGGGGGGCGGGAGCUCGAGCUCGCCAGCCGUGCCCUCCCCUUUCGCUCAGGUAACGUUAUUAAUCGGCGGAGAAAUCGCCUUAGGGAAAACUCCGCCGCAGGUUUCUUUCAAAAAAAAGGAAGCGAUUAACGCACUUCAGGGUGCCUCGGAGCAGCCGAAAGAACCUUUUCGAUCCCGCUGAAGUGUUUUCUUCACCUUUUCGGUCCAAAUACGAAGUUUAUUUUAUCUAAACCAUCCUGCGCCCCUCGCCGUUAUAAGUGAGGCUGGGAGCAGCGACAAAAGGAGCAGAGGGCCUGAGCCGACCGAGCUGCUGUGUGGCGAGGCGAAAGGAGAGAGGGUCCGGCACAAGUUAACAAAAGGUGUUGGUAAUUGAUCUGUCUGGAACGACGAGUAGAGAGGCGCCUGUCCGAGGAGGUGCGAACGAGCAGGGAAAUCUUCCAAAACUGGGUCACCGCAAUCCAGGCAUCAGCUUGUAAAACUACUCCAUAUCAGAACUACUUCCCAAGACAGGUAGAAUUGGGAUCUACUGGGAAAGUCUCAAAGAUCGACCGGUUGGAAACCACUAGAAAGAAUAUGUGAUUAAGAAAAAGGAAGAAAUCAAAAGGCGGCAAAACAUAUUUGUUAAAAGUCUCAUUAAGAGCAAAAAGUUUGCUAAAAGUCUGUUUUGACCAGUCCUGGAGCAAAUGUUCUACUUCUUACAGAAGUAAUUUUUCCUCUAGAACAAGUGGCACAAGGUUGCCUGAUCAGUCAGCAGGCAAGAUCAUGGAUGAUUACGAUGUAAGAUCGGCUGCUAGCAUUCUAGCUUCGGUUAAAGAACAGGAAGCCCGGUUUGAGAAGUUGACCAGAGCGCUUGAAGAGGAGCGUCGUAAUGUAUCCAUGCAACUUGAGCGUGCCAAUAUUCCCUCAGACAGAGCAAGUAUAUCCCACAUUGGCAACAGUGAGUCCUUUGCAUGGCAGCAUCUAGUGUUACAGGAGCAAAGUCCAAAUAAUCAGACUUCUAAAGCAACAAUGCAGGAACCACAGGAGUUGGUGGAAGAGACUGUUACUGUCGAGGAAGACCCAGGCACUCCUACCUCCCAUGUGUCAGUGGUGACAUCCGAUGAUGGAACUACAAGGCGAACAGAAACAAAGGUUACUAAAGUGGUUAAAACUGUGACAACUCGAACAGUUCGCCAAGUGCCACUUGGUCCAGAUGGAUUGCCCUUGGAGGGUUCCUCCCCUGCUGGCAGUUGUACAGACUCCAUCGACAGAAGAUAUAUGAAAAAUGGAGACCGCUACAUCACACCACAAGCCAACUCCACUUUAACUAGAGUCUACAACAGUUAUCCAGAUUCGUAUGAUAAUCAUCAUGACCUGUAUCGCUCAUACACAGGCCAGGAUGGAUUUGCAGAUAUCUCUGAUAACUACGGGAGUUUGUCACGAGGAGUCCAUUACCGCCCUCGCUAUGCCUACAUGCCACGUGACAACUAUAGACCAGAUGAAACCUACACACUGCCUAGCCGAAAUAAGUAUCCUGUUGCCCAGCCACAAGUGCAACCAGAUGGCACCCUUGACUUGAAUCGAUCUCAGCCAGAGCGUUUCCAGCCAGAGCCGUAUGGACUUGAAGAUGACCACAGAAGUCUAGGACCUGAUGACGAUGGGUAUGAGCUGGAUGGGGAGCCAGAACCUGAUUACUCCACAGCAGGUCGAAGAGCACCCACAAGGGCUAAUGGAAGGAGACCAAGGAGAGGCUAUGAAGACCCAAUUGAAGCAGAAAUCAUUGAAGAUCGGAUGCCAUACUUGACAGGAGUGUACAAUGCACCACUCGCUCAGCCUGAAAGGGGCAGCAUGGCCAGCCUCGACCGGCUUGGGAGGCGCUCACCCUCAAUAGACAGCAUCCGGAAAGAUCCCCGGUGGCGUGAUCCUGAUCUUCCGGAGGUUAUUGCAAUGCUCAGCCAUCACCUCGACCCCGUUAAAUCAAACGCCGCAGCCUAUCUGCAGCAUCUGUGCUAUGAAAAUGACAAAAUAAAGAAGGAAGUAAGACAGCUGAAAGGCAUUCCAAUUCUGGUGGGACUUCUGGACCAUCCAAAGCCAGAUGUCCAUCGUCGGGCCUGCGGUGCUCUGAGAAAUAUCUCUUAUGGCAAGGAUCAUGACAGCAAAGUGGCAAUCAAGAACUGUGAUGGAAUUCCUGCACUGGUUCGUUUGCUACGGAAGACCAACGACAUGGAAGUCAGAGAACUAAUUACAGGUACACUGUGGAACCUGUCAUCUUAUGAACCCCUGAAAAUUGUAAUUAUUAAUCACGGCCUCCAGACUCUUACAAACGAGGUCAUCAUCCCACAUUCAGGCUGGGAGAACGAACCCAACGAGGAUUCCAAGCCACGUGAUGCUGAAUGGACAACAGUCUUCAAAAACACAUCAGGAUGUCUGAGGAAUGUGAGUUCAGAUGGGAGCGAUGCUCGUCGAAGGCUUCGUGAAUGCGAGGGCUUGGUUGACGCACUUCUGCACGCACUGCAGUCAGCAGUGGGCAAGAAGGACAUGGACCGGAAGUCAGUUGAGAAUUGUGUGUGCAUUAUGAGGAACCUCUCCUAUCAAGUCCACAGAGAAGUACCGGGAGCUGAUAAGUUUCGUGAACCAUCCACCGAGCAGCAAACUGGAACCGGGGGUGCGCAGAAGAAAAAGAAAGAUGAUUCUGGUUGUUUUGGUGGAAAGAAGGCAAAAGAGGAGUGGUUUAAUCAAGGCAAAAGGAAUGUGGACACUGACAAAAGUUUCGAUACUUUGGACUUGCCAAAACGGAUUGAACCAGUGAAAGGUUAUGAGCUGCUGUACCAGCCUGAAGUGGUGCGACUCUACCUGUCCUUGCUCACAGAAAGCCGAAACUACAACACGUUGGAGGCAGCAGCAGGCGCCCUGCAAAACCUCAGUGCCGGGCAAUGGACAUGGUCGAAUUACAUUCGCUCGACUGUGCGUAAAGAGAAAGGCCUCCCGAUCCUGGUGGAGCUGCUGAGAUCAGAUUCUGAUAAGGUUGUACGAGCAGUGGCAAUAGCGUUACGGAAUCUCUCAGUGGAUGGGCGUAAUAAGGAUCUCAUAGGUAAUUACGCCAUGCAUGAUCUGGUUAGCAAUCUGUCAGGUGGCCAACAAAGACCUGCCAAGAACCUUGAAGAAGACACGAUAGUGGCGAUACUCAACACUAUCCAUGAGAUUGUGACUGACAGUUCGUCAAAUGCAAGGUCCCUCAUUCAAGCACAGGGCAUUGAAAAGCUGGUGGCAAUCAACAAGUCAAGCCAGUCAGUGAGGGAGAUGAAGGCUGCAGCCCAUGUCUUGCAAACUGUAUGGAGCUACAAGGAGUUGAGAAACCCUUUGCAUAAAGAUGGUUGGAACAAGUCCCACUUUCAGCCAAAUGUGACUACGCUUCCCAAAGGAGCUAAAACUGGUGGAAAGUCAAGUGGUUAUGAUGACAGCACCCUGCCAUUAAUUGAAAGGAACCAGAAAGAUGGUAACAAAUGGUCUGGUGAAAUGAUACCCAUGGAACAGUUUGGUCCAGAUACAUAUUCUACUCUGGAUCAGAGCGAGAAAGAGCGCAAGUACAAGACUACGGAUAUUUCUGGGGACGCCUUUGAGCGGCAGCCAUUGCGGAAUGAUACAAAUAAGAGAAACUUUGACAGGAUUAAUAGGGCCUCAGUGAAUCUUGUGGAUGCUCAUGACACUAAACCUCAGCCCGUUGACUCCUGGGUCUAAGUGCAUGCAUGGCAUGAAAUGCAGCAGUCAUGAACAUUAUACCAAGGAUCUAUCUCAUUGUUCACCACUGCCGUUCGAUUUGGAGGACUUCAUUUCAUUGAAGCCAUCAAUUAAAUUGACAGAGGAGCAGACAAGUCCCAGAUGUUCCAAUUUUAAAGUGCUAAAUGUUUCCAGGGAUACAGGAAAGGGUGGUUGUGGGUGGGG